AUGCCAGAUGCUUCACGUCAGCAGCCCUUGGCAGCUGAGCGCCGGCCAGGGCUCUUCCCCUUUGCUGUCUGUUUGCACAGCGCCCCCCCCCCGGGCUCAGCCCCCCGGCACAGCCCCCCCCGGGCUCAGCCCCCCGGGCUCAGCCCCCCCGGGCUCAGCCCCCCGGCUCCGCCCCCCGCUCAGCCCCCCCGGGCUCAGCCCCCCACUCCCCGCCUCAGCCCCCCGGCUCCCCUCCCCGGCUCAGUCCCCCGCUCUGCCCCCGGCUCAGCCCUCGACACAGCCCCCCGGCUCAGCCCCCCGGCUCAGCCCCCGGCUCCCCUCCCCGGCUCAGUCCCCCGCUCUGCCCCCGACUCAGCCCCCGGCUCAGCCCCCCGCUCAGUCCCCCCGGGCUCAGUCCCCCACUCCCCGACUCAGUCCCCCGGCUCCUCUCCCCGGCUCAGUCCCCCGCUCUGCCCCCGGCUCAGCCCUCGACACAGCCCCCCGGCUCAGCCCCCCGCUCAGCCCCCGGCUCUGCCCCCGGCUCAGCCCUCGACACAGCCCCCCGGCUCAGCCCCCCGGCUCAGCCCCCCGCUCAGCCCCCCGACUCAGCCCCCCGGCUCCCCUCCCCGGCUCAGCCCCCCGCUCUGCCCCCGGCUCAGCCCUCGACACAGCCCCCCGGCUCAGCCCCCCGCUCAGCCCCCCGACUCAGCCCCCCGGCUCUCCUCUCCUCCCCUCCCCGCCUCAGCCCCCCGGCUCAGCCCCCGCCUCAGCCCCCCGCUCAGCCCCCGGCUCCCCUCCCCGGCACAGCCCCCCGGGCUCAGCCCCCCACUCCCCGGCUCAGCCCCCCGCUCAGCCCCCCGGCUCAGCCCCCCGCUCAGCCCCCGGCUCCGCUCCCCGGCUCAGCCCCCCGGCUCCCCUCCCCGGCUCAGCCCCCCGCUCAGCCCCCCGGCACAGCCCCCGGCUCCCCUCCCCGGCUCAGCCCCCCGGCUCAGCCCCCGGCUCCGCUCCCCGCCUCAGCCCCCGGCCCCCGCGGCUCGGAUCGCAGGGCAGCCCCGCGGAGCUGCGGGGCUCUGCCUGGGGCCGUGCUGCCCUCUCGCUUCCUGCUGUGUUUGGCUGUGCCUGGCCCAGACUGAGUUUAAGAGAGUGGCUGAAGACAACGUGACCCUGCCCUGCCACCACCGCCUGGGGCUGCUGGAGCAAGGCAGCCUGGACAUUGAGUGGCUGCUGCACAUCUCUGAAACAGUCCAGAAAGCGGUGAUCACCUACUCGGGGGGCCGUGUCUAUGACGACCUGAAUGAGGAGCAGAAAGGGAGAGUGUCCUUCACAUCCAACUUCCUGGCUGGAGAUGCCUCCCUGCAGAUCACCUCCCUGCAGUCCAGCGACGCAGGGAAGUACAUUUGCAAGGUUAAGAACGCUGGGCAGUACGAGUGGGCUCGCAUCACCCUCAAGGUUGUAGAGAAACCUUCCAAGCCCAAGUGCUGGCUGGAGGGGGAGCUGCUGGAAGGGAAGGAGCUGUCCCUGCAGUGCCGUUCAGCCUCGGGCACUGCACCCAUCUCCUACCGCUGGCAGCGCAUCGGCGAGGGGGAGGAGAGAGCUGAGCCCCUGCCCCCCACCUCCAGAGUCAACAUUUCUAAUCCUGGGCAAGUCCUGCUGAAGAACCUCACCCAGCUGAGCACAGGGCUGUACCAAUGCAUUGCCACCAACGAGGCUGGCCAGGAGAGCUGUGUGCUGCAGGUGACAGUGCAGCGUGCCCAAAACGUCAGCAUGAUCGCUGGAGCAGUCUGUGGGGUGCUGCUGGGGCUCUCCCUCCUCCUCCUGGUGGUGAGGCUGACCAUCAGGAGGAAAGAGAAGAAGAGAUAUGAGGAAGAGGAGGCACCAAAUGAAAUCAGGGAGGACGCAGAGGCACCCAAGGCUCAUCUGGUGAAGCCCAGCUCCUCUUCCUCGGGCUCCAGGAGCUCUCGCUCGGGCUCCUCCUCCACCCGCUCGACAGCCAACAGUGCCUGCCGCAGCCAGCGGACUCUCUCCACCCAGGCUACUCCCCACCUCACCCCUCCGCGCUGCGGCCGUGCCGACAGGCAGGGGAAGGAAGCGGAGCCCAGGAAAGUCGACUACAGCAGCCUGGUGAAGAUGGGAGGCACGCUGGUGAUGGUGCCUGCCCAGAGCAGAGCCUUCCAGACGGUGUGA